GGAGCCUCGAAAUGACAAGGAUCCAAGUCAGCCUUGUAUUGACCUUUGCAAGCGACCAUGCCCAGUGAGAGUGAUCUUAAGGAUGUAAAAGCUUCCGCAGAGGACCAAAGUACUGCUGACUUUGCUGUUAGAACUCGCAAAAGAAAAGCCGAUGUCGUAAUAUUUUUACAAGAUCCAGAUGAAGACCUUGGAGAAAUAGAUAUGACCAGGAAGAGACAGAAUGAAAGCCAGCCAUCUUCAAAUCAUGAUGCAUGCACAUUUCCACAUAUGCUGAUCCCAACACCAGACAAAGAGGAUGAUCUGGGGAGUCCACACUUCUCCUCAUUCAUGCACCAAAGCUUUAUUUCAGCUAGAGAUUCACCAUUGCCUGUCUUGGGCUGGGCGAAUAGGGACGAAGUAUGGAAAAGCAUGAUCAACAAAGAGCAGAAGUAUAUGAAGGAUAAACUAUACAUGCAAAGGCAUCCACUCUUGCAACCUAAGAUGCGGGUAAUUCUUCUGGACUGGUUAAUGGAGGUUUGCGAGGUCUACAAGCUUCACAGAGAGACAUUUUAUUUGGCGCAAGAUUUCUUUGACCGUUUCAUGGCAACGCAACAGAACAUUGUCAAGACGCUUCUGCAACUUAUUGGCAUUUCAUCGUUAUUCAUAGCUGCAAAGCUUGAGGAAAUCUACCCUCCGAAAUUGCAUCAGUUUGCAUACGUUACAGAUGGCGCUUGCACAGAAGAAGAGAUUCUUAGUAUGGAACUCAUAAUUAUGAAGGCACUCAAUUGGAAUUUGAGUCCUCUUACAGCCGUGUCCUGGCUAAAUAUAUACUUGCAAGUUGCGUAUUUAAAUGAGUUCUAUGAGAUGUUGCUGCCACAGUAUCCUCAACAGAUAUUUGUGCAAAUCGCCGAGCUUCUGGAUCUCUGCAUUCUGGAUGUUGGCUGUCUGGAAUAUACAUAUGGGAUUCUAGCUGCUUCUGCUUUAUAUCACUUCUCCUCUUGUGAACUGAUGCAGAGGGUUUCAGGUUAUGAAUUGUGCGACAUAGAGGACUGUGUAAAGUGGAUGGUUCCUUUUGCGGUGGCCAUCAAGGAAAUGGGGAGCACCACAGUGAAACACUUUAGAGGAAUUCCUGCGGAAGAUUUGCACAAUAUACAAACGCACAUAAACUCCUUUGAGCUGCUGGACAAAGUUCAAGCCAAACAGGCCAGGCUGGCUGAGAAAAACAGAAGCUCUCCUUUGCCGACAGGGGUCCUUACCCCACCUCAGAGUAGCAAGAAGCCAGCUCAGACCUCCAAACCCCUGUAACUCGGGAAGCUGCCCAGCCUGAAGACCUCUUGGUUUGAAGUGCCUUUAUUAUGAUCCUUCCUCCAUGAGGCUGCCAGCAAUGGACUGAAAAAAUCUUUUUAACAAAUUCUCGAAAAGGAAAGUGCUUGUUAAUCUUUUUUUUUUUUAAUGGAAGAAACUUGCAUUAUGGAAAUUAUUUUUAUUUAACAUUUGCUACUAAAUGAACUGUUUUGAGUACAUCCAUCCAUCCGAAAUAACAGGCAUUUGCUUGGAUUGCUGCUAAGGAUGGGGAUACUCAGGGAGUGGAGCGGGGGAGGGGGGAGAGAGAAGGGGGUUGUGCCCUCAGCUGUUCUGCUGCAGAAAAGAAAGCUCAUUUGAGCAGCUGUGGUUGCUGAUCCUUUUCUCAGACCUUUUUAGUUUACAACUUGAUCUUUGUUAUAAAUGCUCUUAUGUGUCUAUGAUUUUUAAAUAAAGUGCUGUCGUCUGUG